AGGAACUUUAAUGAAAUAAUAAUGUUACUAUCGAGCACAUUGGUUCAAUUAUCUGAACUCAUUGUGUCGAAUAUGUGAAUGUGAACGCACUCUCCAGUUAGCGUAGUGAGUUGAUUCUUACCGACAUGUUCAGGUUCACGUUGCGAGUAAAAACCACCGACUUAUUUAGUUCCUUUUUAAAAACCAAUAAUUCGAGUGGUUUUGUCCGCAUUCAACGUGCCGCAAGUGCAAUACGCUGCCACUUACCUAACGUGAAUGUUCCGGCCCUAACCGUACCAGAGUUUAUUUUCCAAAACUUUAGCAAACACCCGCAUAAAACGGCGCUGGAAUGUGCAGAAACUGGAAGGAGGUACACGUUUGAAGAAGUAAGGCGAAAGUCCCUAAAUUUGAAUAAGGCACUAAGACAGAAAUUUCAUUUGAAACAAAAGGACAUUGUAGCUUUGGUUUUACCAAAUAUUCCGGAAUACGCCAUAUGUCUUUUAGGCGCUCUACAAGCUGGUCUUCGUGUAACAACAGUAAAUCCAUUUGGAACUGCAGACGAAAUCAAAUCUCAACUGCAGGACACUGAAGCGAAGGUUAUUAUCACAACAUGCCAACUAGGAGAAUUCGCAGACACUGUGGUGCAACGGCUACAGAAACAAAUACCAAUAGUAACCAUAAAAACGGAGGUAACGAACACCAUCGCACCAGGCAAGGUCAAUUUUCAAGAACUGAUCGACACCGUCUGUGACCUCAAUGAUGUCUGCCCUAGUAAUACACACGACAUCGCCGUCAUUCCUUACUCGAGUGGGACCACCGGAAAACAGAAAGGGGUACUUCAUUCUCACAACACUUUAAUUGCUACAGUGGUCGCAGUUAGUUGUAAGACAUUGUAUCCUCUCAAAGACACUACAGAUAAUUUUCAAGAAACCACGCCGGCAGUUCUGCCUUUCUUUCAUAUUUAUGGCUUAACCGUGGUGUUACUAUCGCAACUUUAUAGUUUAGUGAACAUCAUAACCAUAUCGAAAUUUACACCAACACUUUUUUUGGACUCUUUAUUAAAAUAUAAGCCUAGUACGAUGUGUUUGGUACCACCACUAGUGUUAUUUAUGGCGAACAAUGAGUCUGUGACGAGGGCUCACUUCGAGUUUUUGGAGGCGAUUUACUCUGGUGCAGCGCCCCUGGGCGCAUCAGAUGAAUUGAAAUUAGUCAACCGAUCUGGAAAGGACCUGAAGAUUUAUCAAGGUUAUGGUUUAACGGAAGCUCCGGUUGUAACGGCGUUUUACCAAGGAGUUGAUAUACCGUCCGGAUCAGUUGGUCGAGCUAUACAAAACACACAGAUGAAAAUUGUCCCAGUGGACAAUCCUAAGGCUGAUCAUUUAGGUGCUAACCAGCCAGGUGAAUUGCUAUGCAAAGGGUCACAACUUAUGUUAGGCUACUACAACAAGGAUAAAGAAAGCGCAGAUGCCUUUGUUGAUGGAUGGUUUAAAACUGGUGAUUUAGUGUACAUGGACAAAGCCAAUAACAUGUUCGUGCAAGAUCGCCUAAAGGAACUGAUCAAAGUAAAAGGUUAUCAGGUACCACCCGCCGAACUCGAAGAACUGAUAAGGACUUAUCCAAAUGUGUUGGAUGCGGUUGUCAUUGGAAUACCUCAUGAGCAGUAUGGAGAAGUUCCCAGAGCUUAUUUAAGCGUAAAGGCUGAUACCAAGAUAAAUUUACAACAUUUGGACGAAUUCAUAGCUAGCAAAGUGUCCAAGUAUAAAAGGAUAGCGGGAGGAUUUGCUAUCGUGGACAAAAUACCCAAAACCGCAUCUGGAAAGUAUUUGCGCAAAGAUAUUAAGUUACAGUACAUGCAGGAAAUGAAACAAAGCUCCAAUUUGUAACAUAUUUAUUAUUGUUAAAUUUAUAGUUUAUAAGCAAGUACGGUCAUUGACAAAAGUAAUUAUCACCAAUUGUGUAAACAGAAGCAUAAGCAACCGACAUAUCUAUCACAACAAGAUCUGUCGGUUUCUUGAGGGAGGAGAUGCCUUAAUUUGUUGGUUCGCAUUUCCAAGUUGGACAAUAUAUAUUCAAAUGUUGGUUGUGUAUGCUGCAGGAUUUACCUAUUCGGCGAUCAUUACUUUUAUGUUUGAUAUGCAUUUAGCUUUUUUCAUUGUUUGAGGUCCAUACUGGAUGGGCUUUUUCAAUAAUAUCGGCAUCCAGUAUGGACCUCAAUCAUUACUUUUGUCAAUGACGUACGUGUAGCUCCCUAAUUUUACUUUUUUCGAAUAGUCAAGAGCUCAGUACUUCUUUUAAAUCUAUGCCAACAUUAAGAAAGACAGAAAGCUUGUUAUGCAUGUUAAUUAGAGUUUGACGGAGUAUA